AUGGCGCUAAAUCUGAAGGCCCUUCACUUCGAGACGCACAAAACCCGUCGAAUAUUUUGCUUUGCUGCCUUACUCUCUCUGACUCCACGACCUCAAUCCUCUUGCUAUCUCGUCCUGAGCGUAUUCGCCGCCAAAAACAGGCCUCUCUUCGUCAUGUCUUCCAACGCAUUCUCCGGCCACAGCGCCAAUCCUCGCACCAAGACCGCCGUCCACGAGCGUCUCUCCAAAGCCCUCCUCCUCGUCGCCCAAAUUUGGGCCCAUUUCCUCUUCCUCGCGCCGUGCCGUUUGGUCACGCGAGUCAUACCCAUCGACGAGGUCGAUGAGAUUGUUCUCCUCGGCCACCGUCUUUAUCAACAUCUCGACAGCACAAGCGGCUUCAAGAUCUGGGAAGAGAAGCACCUCGGCUAUGCUCGGUUUGCGCCCGGUCUCGGCAUCGACAAACGACUUCGUAAGGCGAUAAGAAAUUAUCGCCAAUGCCAAUCUGCUUGCUAUGCGUUCUGGGACUUCGUCCGCAAGCUUUUGAAGGACGACCCCGACGUAAUCGAGAUCGAGUGGAAAUGCGUGGUCGUGAAACCCCUCCUUGCUCUUUUUGAAAAAGAAAUCGGGAGCCAAGGCGUUUGGCUCCACGACAUUAUCUUGAUCACAUGCGGGAGUGGAGAGAAAUUCGUCCUAGACCUUACGGGAAGCCAGUUUGGCUUGCCGGGCUUCUUCUUCACCUAUGACGAAUACUCGGAAUAUCUGGAAGAGCGUUACGCGGAGGAGAGCAGGGAUCCAGAAGAGGAGAAGGCCCGGUUCAAAAACCGGGCUUUAAAUGCCAAGGACCUGGAGAGCUUUUGGCUCUGGUUAUUGCGUCUGCACCUCGGCCACUUCACGGUAGAACAGCAUAAGGAGCGGCUCAUCGACACAGACGAGUGCGAGUUUGCGAGAGACGACGACAAGCGGGCCGUGGAUCCGCAUCACCCCCAGCCGCGCCCUGCUCGGGAUGACAACCGCUCAGAGGACCGCUCAGAGGACGAGCUCCCAAAGCUCUGGGAUGCUGAGCUUGACGGCCCAAUGGGACGCACUGAGCGUGCCUACGACUUUGUGAGAUACUUACGAGGAGUUGUCGAUGGACGGGAAGCGGUGGCUGCCAAACCACAUUGA